AUGCCGCAGAGGACAAGUGGACCCGAGCUCAAGAUCAUGGAAGAUAACCAAUCGUGCAUCAAGAUGACGAACAAUCCUGUGAACCAUGGUCGGGCCAAGCACAUCGACAUCAAGUACCAUCACAUUCGUGAUGAAGUCAAGCGUGGUGAUGUCACUUUAAAUUACUGUGAGACUACGAUUAUGUUGGCGGACAUCAUGACCAAGGGACUGCCAGGACCGCGUCACAAGGACUUGACGGCAGCGCUCGGCAUACACGCGUGUUUGCAUUAA